CCUGACAGCAAGUUCAAUUCAACUAACGUUAUUUGAAAUAGGUGUAGCCUAAAAUAGGCUGUGGAAUAUUUCUUAAAAAUGCAGUUAUUUAUCUGAUGAAAGGAAUUCUGGCAGCAAAUAAUUACAACAAAAGUGGGAAAUGGCAACGAACGGAUUUAACCACUUACAGGUCUACAGGAUAUUUUGUUGAUUCGUGUAAUAUAAAAAGGUUGUUAAGCACACGAACGAGGAUCAAAUUAAACUAUUUUCGUUUGUCACAUUAUAUAAGAAGUUUCAAAUAUCUCGGUUAUGUGCGUCAAAACAUUUUUCCAAUAUACAUGAACGCAGCAGAAGUGAGAGGUACAGUUCAUAAACGGGCUCGCUCACGACAAAGAACGUGCGCGAGCCCGGGCUUCAUUGUUUGGGCGGGUCGCACAGAUCUGUCCGCAUUGUUUCUGACCCAGUUGAAUAUUUAUCUCAGAACAUCUUCUGCAUUCUACCAGUAAUCCGGAUAUUUAAAAUGGCUUUGAUCCUUUGAUAGUAGAGACAAUUAAUUAAUUUGGUUUUCAUCUUUGUCUCCAGAAUGUGUGGAGGCAAAUAAAUAGAUAUUUCUGAAAAUAUUCUUUUAAAAAAUGCACAGUUUGCUGAAUUCAAAAUAGCAAUACAAGGAUUGAUUGUUUUUAAUACAUUAUUCAAUCAGGCCAGCCAUACAUCUCAGAUGAUUAUGUGCCACAUUAGCCUCCUGAACUGAAAGUUGAACAGAAGACUUUUUUUGCAGAGGUUAAUUUAAGAACCACAGAGACGGGCUUUUCUCUUUAACUGCUGGCAGUAGAGGCUUUCUCCAGCUGAUUAGAUAAAUCCAUCCUGUCGGACAAUCCCCACACAGGGAGAUUGUGUUCAAGUCCACCACAUCCACACACUACUCUGUCAGCAACUCUAUACGUUAUAACCUGAAUUUUUUAUUUUAAUUGGAUUUUAAUCACCGGAUUUGGUCAGUAUCCAUCUGCAGAAUGACCAUUAGAACCGCCCGUCCAAACCGGGGGCAACAUUUCCGGCCUCGCACGCAUUGCUUGAAUAAGCUGGAGUCCAUUGUGGUGGAGAUGCAGGACCCAAAAAGUGGGGUCAAAGGCUCGGAGCAGAAACUCAAUGUCAGUACCAUCCCACAUGUCAUCACUGGUAAAGACGUCAUCGCAUGGAUCACAAACAAGAUGAAGACCACUCCAGAAGAGGUUCAGGCUUUUGGAACCAUGUUAGUGGCGUACGGCUACAUCUACCCCCUGCAGAACCACAAGAAGCUGGUGCUGUGCAACGACAGCAGCCUCUACCGCUUCCAGACCCCGUACUUCUGGCCUACACAGAAAUGGGUUGCAGAGGACUCUGACUAUGCCAUUUAUCUGGCAAAGAGGAACAUCCGGAAGAAAGGCAUGCUAGAAGCCUACGAACAGGCCCAUUACAGCCACCUCCAUGAUUGGCUGAAUCACAAGUGGGACUUCAUCGUGAUGCAGGCCACUGAGCAGUACAAGGCUGGUAAGGAGAGGAAUAAGCCGGAUCGUGUUGUGUUUGACUGCCAGGAGAGGGCGUACUGGAUAGUCAGCAGGCCUCCACCUCGUACUCACAGUGCUAUGGACAGUGGUCCAGAACGUCUUAUUGAUCCCACCGCAGAUGAGAAAAUCCCUUUUGAUGAGUACAGACGCAUGAACAUAUUCUACCAACAAGCUAUCAUGAGGUCAAAGGUCAAAUCUAGCGUGUCCCUUGGAGCACUGACCAAGUACGUCACAACCUACAAAAACCACGACCCGUUUCUGGCUCCCUGUCUACCCAGCAACCCCUGGCAAACAGACCACGAUGCAUACUGGACUUGCAACACCAGGCGAAUCGACGUUCCCACAAAGAUGCGAGUCGAACGCUGGUCCUUCAGCUUAUUCGAGCUGCUGAGCGACCUGCGAGGCCGGGACGACUUCAAGGUCUUCCUCAAGAAGGAGUUCAGCGGGGAGAACUUGGCUUUUUGGGAGGCAGCUGAAGAACUGAAGUGGGGAACAGCAUCUUCCAUGACAUCCAAGGCUGAGACCAUUUUCAAAACCUUCCUGGCCCCCGGCGCCCCCCGCUGGAUCAACAUUGAUGGCAGGACGAUGGGUCUGACCGUGAAAGGCCUGGAUCAUCCCCACCGCUACGUGCUGGAAGCCGCCCAGACACACGUGUUCCUGCUCAUGAAAAAGGAUACCUUCUUCCGUUACCUCAAGUCCCCCGUGUACAAAGACACCCAAAAGAACGCGCUGAGCCCUGCGCCUCAUAACUUCAGUCCGGCACAGCUGGAGCAGAACGCUCAGAACCGAAGCCUCGGCGUCCAUCCGGUCAUCGUAUGGCAGCAGGAGGAGGAGGAGAAGGCCAAGGCUGCUGCCGCCUCCGCUCCCGUCGACGUCAAGGCCAUGAUGAGCAAAAUAGACAGGAAGAAGUAGAUUUCAUGUCUCACAGUACAGGGACACGUAUACGUGUGAUUGGAAGUCAAACCCAAUUGAAACAAGUAAGACCGUACAGUGAGCAGAUUUAUGCAUCUGCCAUAAAUAAUUGUAAUUUGUUUUAAACCCAUAACCAGUAAUACGUAUUGAGCAUUCUAAAGCUUAUUUGUUUAAUAUUCAUAAUCAAGUUAACGGAUAUUAAUGUUUUAUUAAUGAACCCAAAGUAUUUUCAAAUGUAUAGUUCUUCUAUCCACCCAAUAGAAUACAAUAUUUAACUACUACGACGUAGAAUAUAUAAAAAAAGAAGACGUCAGACACUAUUUUUCUUAUUUAUUUCUUAUUGGUAAAAUCGGCAAUACCGCAUCAAAACACUACACUACUAAUACACUAGUAUACUAAAAUACUAAUACGCUAAUACCCUAGUAUUGCAAAAUCACUUAUACACUAAUAUACUAGUAUACUAAUACGCUAAUACACUAGUAUACUAAAGCACUACGACACACUACACAAUGCACUCCCAUAAUACUAUACCACCUUCACUCACACACACAGGGAGAAAUGAUCCAGGUUGUGUUUUUGUACUGCUUAAGAUGACAUGUACGUCAUGUAAAAAUGCUGACUCGCUUUUAUUAUUACAAUGCAGGUUGGCUGUUUGACUUGACUUUGCAAUAUGUAUUAAUAAUGGUGAAACACAAUAUCGACUGAUAAGACAUGGUGAUACAUUGAUAAGAGUUUAGUGAAGAUGUAACUCGCGUUACUUAAAGUGAAUUGUUUUCAAAAUUGUCUGAUUUACGCUGAAUUUAAGGAAUUCUAAUAAAUAAUCAAACAUUAAACAGCUUUUAUUCUCGCUUGUAGGUUAUAUUUCGUCAUAUACGUUGCCCUUUCCUCUUAGUGUAAAGGAGAUACUGAAUAGCAAGACGUCACUGUUGAAAUGCACCAUAUAAUAAUACAUAUGACGCUACUAUAAUUAUUUGUUGGAGGAUCUGCACACAAUAUAAUGUAAUAAAUGAGAUAAAGAUAA